AUGGUGGAGAGAGAGAGAGAGAGAGAGAGAGAGAGAGAGAGAGAGAGAGAGAGAGAGAGAGAGAGAGAGAGAGAGAGAGAGAGAGAGAGAGAGAGAGAGAGAGAGAGAGAGCGAGAGAGAGAGAGAGAGAGAGAGAGAGAGAGAGAGAGAGAGAGAGAGAGAGAGAGAGAGAGAGAGAGAGAGAGAGAGAGAGAGAGAGAAGGGCUGGAGGGCAAGAGGGUCACUCAGGAAGGUCACAAAAGCAAGGGGCUUGGAACGGUGAAAUGGGGCGAGAAGCAGUGA